GCGCCAACAAUCCGGUGUCUUUGUUUCCCUCCGCUUUGUUGGAGUGACCAUGUAUGUCAUGUUCGACGAGCAUAACGGAAAGAAGGUCGUAGCUGCAGUAGUAAAGCAUGGGGUUUCGGCAGGCCCUGUGGGGUGGCUCCCAUGCCUUCCUCUUUGCCCUGUAUCACAACAGCACCAUCAGCAUGGACAACAAUGCAUCGUCCUCCUCCCAAAAUAGCGCUGAUCCCUACAAAUCCAGCAGUUUCAUUGGCCAUUCUCUGUGGAUGUGUCCUGCGGCAGGCAGCGCUUCUCGGGAUGCCUACUCUUCCAUCAUUUCCGAGACGGCUCACGAAUUGGGUACCUUUCAGUUCUUGCCACACAUUACGCUGGUGGCCGCCAUAAUGACGGGCGAAGAGGAUGUGUUGAAUCGAACUCGGCAACUGGCCAACCAAUUGGCACCCUAUGAAUUCCAUUUAUCGCGUGUAUCCUAUCGAGAUGCCUAUUUCCAAUGCGUCUAUGCCGAGUUUGAACGAUCCGAACAGGUCGUGGCAGCCAAUCAAUUGGCACGGAAAGUAUUCCCAGAGAGACAAUCGGAUCCACCGUACACGCCACAUUUGAGUUUGGUGUACGGGGAUUUGACAGAAACCAAAAAGGUGGAGGUUGUCAUUCCCAAGUUGCAGGCUGCAUUGAAAGAGAAAUCCAAAGAGACUGGUACAAUUGAAGUGGAUUCCAUUCAAGUGUGGUCCACACAAGGUGAUGUGAAGGAGUGGUAUUUGGUGGAGACAAUCCCCCUGACUGGAACAUAAGUGAAGCUGGGAGCUGAUGAGUAGAUUGCUACCGUAGCUAGCUAGCCGCAUGUGGGGAGAGUAACGAUUACAUACGUACACAUUCCGUAGUUAGGAUCUCCUCCUCUCUUCAUUCUUCAGACCGCAAGUGUUCUCUGGACUUGGAAUGCCUUCUUGUCAGGAGUCAAAGGAGUUGAUAUGUAUACCUACAGUAAUAUAUGUACUACUAGUAUUAACAGUCCUACAGCG